UCAAAAGCAAAACCCGACCCCGCAGACGAAACUCACGGCCUCCACUGCAGAAAGCAGAAAUAGAAUAGAAAAUGCCAAGAGAGUUGAGUCCGGGCUUGAAGAUCCUCUGGGUCUGGACACUUGGCACCGCCGCCGUACUGGUCACCAGUGUGGUGAGGACGAGGAUGAGAGACAUGGAGAAUCUUAUCAACACCGAGCAGCAGCAGCCGCAGCCGCAGCAACGCGACACUGCCGCCGACACGGAGACACUCAUGGAAGACACCUCGACUCAGUCCAAUGAACUGAUUCGAGAAGAUAAACCGUAGGUUUGUACGACACCAAUACAAGACCCCAGUUUUUUAUUUUGUGUUUUUGUUAAUUUCUUCAACUUGGAUUGGAUGUUCGUUCAUGUUUUGAGUUUGGAGAAAUGGGUAUGUAAUGUGUUUGAUGAAUGUCCUCACUGGAAACUUUUCGAUCCAAUUUUUGAAGAUUGUACACUAGUAGUAAAUUACUGCUAGUAUUUCGUAUUGUUACAAAUGAUUGUGGCUCUCAAAUCUUUGGUGCGCGGAGUUUCCAUUUUUAUGGUACGAUCUCAUGGUUUAUUGUGGCUCUUAA